UAUUAAUGGAACAGAGUGAAGGAGAUAGGAUUGAUAGAGGUGGUAGUGAAGAUGGAGGGGUGAAGAAGGGGGAUAGGCAAGGAGAUGACCCUAUCUGUUCUUCAUCUCUAAAUGCUAAUGUUGAAGAAUCUACUGAAAAUCAUUGGGAGUUCACUAAAGAGUGUCUUGCAGAUGCCAAAUAAAAUAAUAGAUGCUAAUAAAUUCUUGACAGAAAAGCAGCAUACAAGAAUUGAUAUACUUCUCAUGGGCAUUGUUCUCUCUGCUACAGACCUCACCAUAGAGGCAGCUUGGGAUCUAAUAAAGCAGUGUGAGAACUUUCUGGCCAAGGGAGAGAAAUGCAAGCUACCAAAUUGUCCAAAGGCUGUAUCACCCAACCAUACCUCUAAGACCCAUUCACCAGUGAAAUCUUGAUGUUGUCAACCAAGUGAAGAAUUCAGGAUAAACUUCUUCCUGAACAACAUCUCAAUUCCAGACUGUCCUAAAAAGGAGGAUGACUUGGUAAAAGAUUACAUUAGGCUUAAAGGUCAAACAGCCAUUUUCAAAGCAAAAAUUAGUGAAAAAAUACUUGAAGAUCCAGAAGAUUUUGUCGAUCUCUUAUUUAUUGAACCAGACAAACUAGAUGAGGAAGAGAAAGUGACCAAAGAGAAAGGUCUCAAGGAACUUAUGAAACAUUUCUGACCAUGAGAGAUUUUUAAAGAAUGGAACAAUUUAAAUGAAGGAAGGACUUGCCAUUCAAAAUCAAUUAGCACCAUAGGGUCUAACUAUUGCCAAGCAGGGAUACCUUCUGUAACUAUUCACCCUCCACUUACAGAUCCAUCAUCUUACCAACACUACAUGGCCUUACAGACCACUCAGGAACCUCCAUCAAUCAACAUGCCUGCAGAGUCUUCUUCAAAAAUACCUCAGAGGGUUCAGCCCAAUAGAAGGUCAAAAUAAGUGGAGAGGCAGCAGACAAGAAAGCGAUUCCUCAUUUGAUAUAGAAGCUGAAUUAGAGAAAUCAGAUGAAUCAGAAGACGAAGUAGAAGACGAAGUAGAAGAGUUUGCACUUGAAGAAAAUGAAUUUAAAGACCCCCCUCAAACUCCAUCCCACAGCUCAUCCGAAGAAUUCCUCCCUAAAGGUGAGAGCAAGAACAAGAGGAAGAAGAAGAGGGCGAAGACUAAGAAGAACCUGAAGAAGAAGCUGAAGAAGCAACAGAGAAGACAGCUGAAAGAGGAAGUAGGGCAUUUGGAGCAGAAUUUGGAGGAUUUUAAGGAGAUAGAGGGAGAUUUGAGUGCAGAGGUAAGGCCUAGGUGGGCUAAUGGGCGCCUGAAGAGAGAUCCAGCGCAAGAGCAGGGCUGUGUGAGGAAAAUUGCGUUUUACUUGGGAAAGAAGGUGAGCUGUUGUAUCUGCUUUGAAGAGAAUAUUGUAUUUGAUGAUGAGAAUGUGAUAAUGAACUAUAAAUGCCACCCAACUGCUCAUUUUUAUCACACUGAAUGCUUGAAGGAGAUGGUCACUGAUCGACUUGAAAAUGCGAUAAACCCAACUAAAUGCUAUGCACAUAGAUGAAAGAAGUACCUUGGACAAGUAAGUUUGAACCAAAGAUUUUUAGCUGUGAGAAACUUAUUAGAUCCAUCCCACAUCCCUCUCCACUCGAUCACUCAACUAAACCAGAGCUUGUACCAGGGUGGGAACUUAUUCUAUUGCUACAACUGUGAUGAAGUAAUGAAAGGAGCAAAAGUGAACAAAAAGAAACCAGCCUUGACUGAUAAUUGCUCACAGAAGUGAAAAUAAUCUCUCCUAUAAUCUUCUUGAAGUCUCAAAAUUAUACGUCUAUUUCAAAUAUGGCAAGAUCAAACCUCCCUCAUUAACCAAGAUGAAAGAGUUGAAGAAUAAAGGCAUUGACCCAAAAGAUUUGGCUGAGAAAGCAAUCAACAGGGUGAGACUUGAUUUUGUAAAGUGUGAUUUAUGUAACAAAUGGAAGAAAAAGCAGUUCAAGAUCUCAUGAAAUUGCUCAAAAGCUGAGAUUAAGGAAUUCUCAAAAACAAUCCAAUCCUCAGAAGAGCCAAAGAGUAAGGAAACCAUAGGAAAAUUUACAAAAAAGGAGAAGGAUCUCCCUCAGAUGUCUAAAGAAGAACCCAAAGUUUUAAAAAGCAGCAUCCCACAGAAGUAAUCUCAAU